AUUUAAGGACCGGGUGAUCAUGGGAUGGGUACGGCAGGUGAUGGGCGGUGGUGUAGGGGAGGCCGGUGACGGAGAGGAAGGAACAGGGGACGGGGAGGGGGAAGAGGGGAGCGAGACGUCCUGCGAAGACGAGAUGGCAGAGGCCGGCAGAGGGGAGGCGACAGCAGCUGAUGGCAGGGAUGCUGGCAAGGCCGGAAGGGGAGCAGAGGAGGGAUCAGUGAUCGGUGCCGGUGAUGAGGAGGCUGGGGAGAGGGAGGGCUGAGGAUGGAUUAAAAAGGAAGAAAUCGGGACUGGAGUAUGGGUGGGAUCUGGAAAAGAUUGAGUUUGGGUGGUUGAGUGGGUAUUAGAGUCCCGAAAAGGGGAGUGAUCCUCUUGGAAGAUAACAUGCCUUGAAAUGAAUAUUUUAUUCUUUU